GCGUCCAAACUAUCAGAUUCAAAGUAAUAGACAUUUAAAACGUCUCUAUAUAAUAUUGAUCUGCCCUGAUCAAGUUCAUAUCAUCUAGGGUUCUGUAUCUGUUGCUCCGGUUUCUAGUCUUUCCAAAUUAAGAUUCAUAUUGUUAAUCUUAAAUAUUCCGAUCGAGGCGUUUCUAGCCAGAAAGUUGUGGAAAUUUCCAAGACCGGAAGCUCAAUAUCAUGGCAGGAGCUAGUGGAGGAAGAACAUUAGAAGAAACUCCCACUUGGGCUGUUGCAGUUGUGUGUUUUGUUUUGGUUUUCAUAUCCAUAAUCAUCGAGCACAUCAUCCAUCUUAUAGCAAAGUGGUUGAAGAAGAAACAUAAAAGAGCUUUAUUUGAGGCAUUAGAAAAGAUCAAAUCAGAGCUCAUGUUGUUGGGAUUUAUAUCCUUGCUCCUCACAGUAGGACAAGGUCCAAUAUCGAACGUAUGCAUAUCAGAGAAAAUGGGAGCGAAGUGGCAUCCAUGCGAGAAGAAGCAAGAAACCCAGUUGACCGAGGACGAGGACGAGGAUUCGGAAUCCAAUGGCCGGAAACUACUGAUGGUCAUGUCGGAUUCUGGUGGAAGUUUUCGACGCAUUUUAGCGUCGGCGACGUCUACAGAUAAUUGUGCAGCCAAGGGAAAAGUACCAUUUGUGUCUGAGGAUGGUAUUCAUCAACUGCACAUUUUUAUCUUCGUGUUGGCUGUUUUUCACGUCCUCUACUGCAUUCUCACCCUCGCUUUGGGUACAGCCAAGAUGAGAAGAUGGAAGCAUUGGGAGACGGAAACCAGAACAGCUGAGUACCAGUUCUCACAUGACCCAGAGCGAUUCAGAUUUGCAAGGGAUACGUCGUUUGGGAGAAGGCACUUGAGCUUCUGGACCAAAACACCUGCGCUCAUGUGGAUAUUCUGUUUUUUCAGACAGUUUGUGAGGUCUGUUCCUAGAGUUGAUUACUUGACCUUGCGACAUGGAUUUAUAAUGGCACAUUUGGCACCUCAAAGUCAUAAGAAAUUCGACUUUCAAAAAUAUAUCAAUAGAUCAUUGGAAGAGGAUUUCAAGGUGGUUGUGGGAAUCAGCCCUUUGAUCUGGUUCUCCGCGGUGAUAUUCUUGCUGUUUAACACUCAUGGCUGGAAAUCUUAUCUAUGGCUACCAUUUAUUCCAUUGAUUAUCAUCCUAUUGGUGGGGACAAAGCUACAAGUGAUCAUAACCAAAAUGGCAUUGAGAAUUCAAGAGAGAGGAGAGGUUGUGAAGGGAGAACCUGUAGUUAUUCCAGGUGACGAACUCUUCUGGUUCAACCGCCCACGGCUUCUCCUUUUCCUCAUUAACUUUGUUCUCUUUCAGAAUGCCUUUCAGCUAGCAUUCUUUGCAUGGGCUUGGUAUGAAUUCGGGUUGAAAUCUUGUUUCCACGAGGAUGUGGAGGAUAUCGUUAUCCAAAUCGCAAUGGGGGUCCUGGUACAAAUUCUGUGCAGCUAUGUCACUCUCCCACUCUAUGCCCUUGUAACGCAGAUGGGUUCAAGCAUGAAGCCAACGAUAUUCAACGAUAGAGUAGCGGCGGCGCUACGCAACUGGCACCACACGGCCAGGAAGCACUUGAAGCAGCAAAAGGGCUCAGCCUCAGUGACCCCUUUCUCCAGCAGACCCACCACUCCAUCCCACUACACGUCCCCUGUUUAUCUCUUGCGCCACCACCGCAGCGACAUGACCGACAGCGUCCAAGGUAUAAUAUCACCCAGAAGAUCAUCCAAUUUCGACAUUGAUCAUCUCUCAUAUUAUUGCGAAACCGAUUCCCCUUCCCACCGCGGCUUCCGGAUAGGCGAUGGCUCCACCCACGGCCACCACCUGGAUCAAAGCAGUGUUGCGUAUGAUAAGGAUGUAAACGAAAUUACUACCAUCUCGCAGACGACAGCUCGUAUGCAACACGAAAUUGAAAUCGGGCCGCAGCCUAAAGACUUCUCAUUUGAUAAAAGAACGAGUUUGUGAAUGAAUUAAUCAUGAUCAUGCAUGUAUCGAAAUCUUCAUACAUUUUUAUUGAUUAGAGAUGAUGACGCUAAGGCAGAUCUAGUACUGCCACUACUAGCUUCUAACUUUGAUGUCCGUCCCUGAUUGAUGCGACUGAUCAUGAUCAUGA